UGAAGUGGAAGCCAGCUCUUUGCACGAUAAACGUGAAGCCAAUCGGGCGCAUCCACUGUACUUGAAGAGCCUGAGACUUCUGGGAUACCCCGACAUCCACCUCGGUCAAAAAAAUCCAGAUCCAGAUCAAGCACCAAGAACAGCCCAGCAGACCAUAACCAAAGUCGGCCCAAAACGAACCUUGUCGGCACGCCGACUGUAAUAGCACACCCACCCGACAUCCCUUGACCACGUACACCACCCACCCACCCACCCACCAAAAGAAAGCAAAAAUGCAUCUCAUGUACCUGCCCGAAACGAACGGGUCUGGCCGGCGCUACACCCUUAAGAAGGUCAUGGACGGCCAGGUGACCAAGUCGGCGCACCCGGCGCGCUUCUCGCCCGACGACAAGUGGUCGCGCCACCGGCUGGCGGUGCGCAAGCGGUUUGCCGUGCUUCUGGCGCAGAGGAGUACGCCCCCAUGUCUUCUAGUCUAUGAUCUUUCUAAAGCUAACGUCGGCGCCGGCAGAAUGAGUGAUUAGUGCGAUAAGCACGCAUGUCAGGAUUUUCAGGGGGAGGGGAGGCACAAAGAUGGCAGCCAUAUACCGAUAUCUGGGCUUGGGAGAGCAGAUUUCGCACGGC